AUGGCUCGCGCAAACCAACCGACGUGGGACUUCAUCACUGGUGGUGAACCAUCACCUCAGUUGCGACAGCCACUUCGCGAAGUAUCCAAACAGCCAACCACUGCAUCACGCUCGGACAUUAAUACGGAGGAGAUUCGAGCUCAGCUACGAGCUACCCAAUACGAGUUGGAUUCGUUGAAACAAGAAAGAGAACUUCACGAGCUGCAGCAACAGCGAGAACUUCGCGACCUCCAGACACGCGCCGAAAAUGAUUUUCGUCGCGCCCAGGUCGCGGACGCCGCCAGUGAAGCUGCCAAACGAAAACUUGAUGCGCUCGUUCGGGAGGUUCAAGAAGUCCGUGAUCGAGCCGAGAAUGAGAAACUAGCCUUUGAGAAGAAGACGCGCGACUUGAAAGAUGAUGCCCAGACGCUGCGGGAAGAGCUAGAAGAGGCCAAUUCAAUGCUGGCGUCGCAUGAGCGUCAAACCAAGCACACCUCUCAAGAGCUUGAGCAGAGACAUGCAGCGCUUCAAGCGUCAGUGGAAGACAUUCAGCAAGACCUCAACGGUAAAGUGCUCGCGUUGCAGACCGCCCAACAAAAACUCAAGUCUUGUGAGCAGGAAAGAGGACUUUUGGAGAACGAGGUGCUUCGAUUGAAAGCUCAGACCGGAGACAGCGAGACUCUCGCCGUUAUUAAGAAAGAAUUGACGGAGCAAGUCACAUACAUUCGGAAAAUCGAGGUAAUUAAUCGGGAGCAAGGUGCUGAAAUCAAAUCACUGCGCAAACAACAAAAAAGUGUCGAUGUUCUAGAGGAAGAGAAGCGUGCGCUUGGAACGAAGCUUUCUUUGAUGGACAAUCUUCGCAAAGAGCUCAAUGAAGCGCAACUUCAAAGGCGAAUUCUUCAGGACGAGAAGUUAGAGUGGACUAGCUUUUUGGAGGCCCAGGCCUCAAACAAUGGCGAGUUUGAGUUCACAACGCCAGAGCAGAUGGCAAGAGCACUCAUGCAGGAGCGACUGGAAAGAUUGGAUCUCGUCGACAAAAUCGGAAUUAUGCAACCAGAACUGUCUGCCAAAGACGAGACGAUUCAGUCGCUGCAAUCAGAAAAAGAUGAAUUACGAAUGGAGAUGGCAAAGCUCAAGGAGGGAAGCGCAGUGGCGUCCGCCGGCUCAUCCGGUGACAGCAAGGCACGACUGCGAUUAGAGCGUCAGAAGAACCUUCUCCAGAAGGAAGCCGAGUAUUUGCGAGCGCAAUUGAAAAACCAGGAAGCCGAAGAUGCCGAAUUUACGCCUGGUCAAAUUGAUGAGAAGCAGGCACAGAGAAUGGCAGAGCUGGAGAGUAUGGUAGAGAACUACCAAAAAGAGGUGCAAGCCUUGCAAGCAGACCUUGCUAAGCUCGAGGCGGAUCCUGCGCCGCCUGCAGCACAUGCAAAACGUGGAAGAUCAGAUGACGAUGUUAACGACGACGAGAGGUUGGGUGAAAUGCGCCGCAAAUGCCGCACUUUACAGGAUGAGAUAGAGGCUUUGCAAAACCGAAACAAGGUGCUCAAGGCUGAGGCAAAAGCCAGCGCCUCUCAGAUCAAAGCCCUUAAAGAAUCCUCCAAGACACGUGUGCUCGAGUUGCGCAACAAUCCCACCGCCGAGGCAGAGACUGUUAAGCUUUCAGCGAUUCGGACCUUGCGAGAAGAGAAUGCCGCUCUCCUGGCACAGAUGGAAGGGAGAGCAGAUAGCACUUUAAGGGUAGUGCCCGUCAGCACUCUGGAGAAUAUUCGCGAGCAGAUGGCCGAAGGCGAAGCACAACGUGUCCAAAACGAGAAGAAGACUAUGCGACUGAAGCAGAUUUGGUCUGCGAAAUCAUUAGAGUUCCGAGAAGCAGUGUGUUCCAUCCUAGGCUGGCGAUUAGACUUCAUGCCAAACGGGCGCGUGCAGGCAACUUCGGAGCUGUAUCCGACAAGCUAUUGCGACGGAGAGCAACAACAGAAUUCCAUCAUCUUUGACGGCGAAAAGGGAACGAUGAAGAUCAGUGGCGGGCCACAAAGCCUCUUCGCAAAGGAAAUCAAGAGUUUGAUCGAAUUCUGGGUCGAUGGCCGAAAGGAAAUACCCUGCUUUCUCGCGGCGUGCACAUUAGAGUUCUACGAUCGAUCGACGCGCGCGCAGAACAUAGCCGCAUUGCGAGUCAGCUAUCCAAUGUCAGGCUUGCACGAGGACAAUAUCAACUGGAAAGAUUAUGGAAAUUCUGGGCAAAGACAACACGUUUCGAUUCAUCACCGACAGAGGCUGCCACUCCGUAGACUUCCUUACUUAAAGCAUAACCUAAUUGGUCGGUGCACCAUCAGCACAAAGAUGCUUGAGAUCAAUGAAAUCAAGCAAUUCGUCACGCUCGCUGCUGUGACUUGGAUCAGUGUUGUUGUCACCGUAUCUAAAUUCAUCUCACCUUCGAACCAGGCAAUUGGAGUUUUCUUACUGAAGGCUGCGUACAAUAUAAGUCCCUUGCACCCACUCGCUAAGUACCCGGGACCCGCACUCUGGCGCUCGACGCGACUGUUUGCUUCCUAUAAUCAUGCUUCAGGAACGCUGUAUAAACGCAUCGCAGAGUUUCACGAGACCUAUGGACCUACCAUCCGCAUCGCUCCGAAUGAAUUAUCAUUCACCGCACCCGAAGCAUGGCAGCAGAUCUUCAACAGUCGUCCGCAAUUGGGCAAGUCUCGAUUCCAUUUCGGUGCACAAGGAGACUGGAAAGUGCCAGAGAGCAUGAUCAUGGCGCCCGACGCCGAGCACACACGUCUUCGCCGUCUGGCCAAUCCGGCCUUCCUGUACUCCGGCGUGCUGGAAGUAGAGCCCGUGCUGCAGCACUACACCGACUUGCUUUGCUCACAGCUCGGAAAGGCAUGUGAGAAUGGUACCGCUGCACAAAACAUCGGCGAAUGGUAUCUGUGGGCUCUGAACGAUGUCAUUGGGCAGUUGGCGCUGGAUCUCGAAUUCGAGUGCUUGGAAAAACGUCGCAUGCACCCGUGGCCACAUUUUCUCCUCGGUGCACUCAAGCAGACCGCAGUCAUUACUCAGCUGGCGCGAUUCGGUAUUUCAAUGAAGAUGCUCACGCCGCUCAUGACCAAGGAGAUGCGCGCGAAGAGUGAAGAUUUCGUGAAAAGUGCAUUGACCGCUAUAAACCAACGCCUUACUCGUGCCAAUGAGGAAGGUGCCGCAAACGCCACUGGCACCACUUCGCCAUCACCGAAAACGCGGCAGGAUAUCAUCGGCAUGAUGAUGCGCGAGAUGAAAGGAGGGGAGCGAUUGACGGAGGCCGAGCUCACGGUCAAUUCAAUCUUGAUCGUCGGUGGGGGCGCCGAGACGACGAGCACAUGCCUAAGCGCAACAACAUAUCACUUGUGCAAGACGCCGCGCGUGCUCAAGAAGCUGCAGGAGGAGAUCCGUAGCUCAUUCGCAUCGAGCGAGCACAUCACUCUGAAAGCCACUGUUGACCUACCCUAUCUUGAGGCGUGCAUCUCCGAGUCCUUACGCAUUUUCCCGGUGGCGAGUUACAUCACACCGCGCGUGGCGCCCAAGGGAGGUCAUGUCGUCGACGGGAACGUCAUCCCGGAAGGUACUCACAUGACAAUGGGCCAAUGGUUCAUGGGCCGUUCAGCCACAUGUUUUGAUAUAGCCGACGAAUUCCUCCCAGAGCGUUGGAUUGAUCCCCAAUCGGUACAAUCGGCCUCCGGAAUGCGCGUCGAUGAGAUAUUGCGACCCUUCUCGCUUGGCCCGCGAAAUUGUAUUGGCAAAAUCCUGGCUCUAGCCGAGGUACGCCUGGUGCUCGCAAAGCUAUUGUGGCACUUUGACCUCUCGCUGGCGGCACCGCAAGAUGAUUGGGUUGACGGCGCGAGAUUUUACGUCUUGUGGGAUUUGAAGCCUUUAUCUGUCAAACUGACGCCAGUUCAGCGUUGGCGAUCUUGA